AUGCCUCGGCGCGGUGGUGGACCAAUCUGUCUCUUCUCCCCUCCUUCCUUGCGUGCUCUGUCCAGUCUUUCCCGUGAAACCGAAAAACUGGAGCUGCCGUCGAUCUCGCAGGUCCACACCCGCGGUCCUGCUGACAUUCCCUGGUACAACCACCACGCGGCCGAACGACCGGUGUUUUCAGGCGAUAGACUCCCCGCGCUGAGCCUGCCGACCGCGCCCCAAGCCCCCUCGCGUACCGUCUAUCCCGAGGUUCCGGAUUCCAGCUCCAGCGCUCGCACCAGUCUGUCUGGUGUCUCUGCGGUCCAGGAGCCCCGGAGCCCCCCGCCGGCUGCGGAUCUGGGCACCCAGGGCCGCCUGUCACUGGAUUCGGAGUACGGCAUUGCGCCCACCGACAGCUACUAUCCCAGCCCAACUUCACUUGGCAGUAUGAAUCAAACUCAGCCCUACAUGGAUGUUCACUCCCAUCUCUCCUCGGCUCAACCGUAUGCCCCCCAGGCCGCCACAGCGGGCGCCAUGUCGCAUUACCCAUAUCAUCAACAACCGCCGGUCUUGCAGCCGACCUCGAGCUAUGCGCCUGCCUCAUAUCCGCAGUAUGGAUAUCCUAAUGCCGUGACCUCCCCGCCAACGGGGCACCCGCCCCCAGCGAGCUCCAUGGGUGGCCAAAUGCCCAGCCAAUUAUUGCCGUUGCCUGUCGCCAACCAUCCCUCCGUCGCUCCUGCUGGCUAUGGGAACAGUACCGGAGCGCCAUUGCAAGGCUAUGUUUAUGACCAGACUGGCCAGGUUGCUCCCCCGGGAGCCAAGCCUCGCGUGACCGCGACUCUUUGGGAAGAUGAGGGCAGCCUGUGCUAUCAGGUGGAAGCGAAAGGUGUUUGUGUGGCUCGCAGAGAGGAUAACCAUAUGAUCAAUGGAACGAAACUGUUGAACGUCGCUGGAAUGACUCGCGGCCGUCGUGACGGUAUUCUCAAGAGCGAGAAACUGCGUCAUGUGGUAAAAAUCGGCCCAAUGCACCUCAAGGGUGUUUGGAUCCCAUUCGAGCGUGCGCUGGAGUUCGCCAACAAGGAGAAAAUUACUGACCUUUUGUACCCGCUCUUUGUACACAACAUCGGCGGUCUGCUGUACCACCCGGCGAACCAGAACCGGACCAACAUGGUCGUGCAAGAAUCGCAGCAACGGCGUCUGGAAGGUCCUCCCACAGGGCCUCAGCGCACCCCGACCGGUCCUCAGUCCUCGAGCUUGCACCAUCAUGCCAUGCAGACGCCCAUGUCUUCCCAUAUGUCCCAGCCGCGGCCGGGUCUUGAUCGCGCCAACAACUUUCCUACACCCCCGGCCAGCGCAUCCAGCCUCAUGGGUGUCACUAGCCAGGAAGCUCAUACGAAUGGGGUGCGUUCAAUGCCCACCACCCCCGCCACAACUCCUCCGGGCAACAACAUGCAGGGCAUGCCUCCUUACCAGGGACAAUCUGGAUACGAUAGUUCGAAGCCGUACUAUUCGGCGGCUCCCCAAUCUCACUCUCAGUAUGCGCCGCAAACACCUAUGACACAGUCGGGUCUUUCAUCGUAUGGCCAACAGCUGCCAACAAUGAGCUACCUGAAGAACGAAAUGGCGCCUCCGACAGGUCGGGCUCCUGGUGCUCCUGAGACCGAAACUCCUGAUCUGAAGUCUGACCGCUACUCCCAGAGCAAUGGUCCCGGUGAUUCGGUCCCGGAGCAGGAACCGGAGUACCUGCAGGACCAGGGGUCGGCCUACAACAACCGCGGCUCGUAUACGUACACUACCAACCCCUCAAUCGGAUCCUUGACCGGCGAGCACGCCCAGUUGACUCCGGAGAUGACUGGUUCCCCGCAGCAGAAUGGUUCGGGCCGCAUGACGCCGCGCAGCAGCGGUCCGCCCCCGCACUGGGCUUCGGGCUACAAUACUCCCCCACGUCCCCCGGCGGCUACCACACUGUACAACGCCGUCAGUGACACCCGCGGCACUCCCGUGAACGGUGCAUCGGACCCUUACUCCAUGGCCUCGACCACCACACCUGUGUACUCGACGGUGAAUGGGAAUAUGGGCUCAGGUAGCAAGCGCAUGCGUGAGGACGACGAUAUCAUCCGGCCUGACAGCGCCGGUGAGUAUGAAAGCAAGCGCCGCAAGACCAUCACCGACACGACUCUCGGGGGUCCCGUGGGUGGCGCUCCUCUGCUGCAGCCCAUGAAGACCGGUGGUGUCAUGGCUCGCCGUCGAUAA